AGAGGGUAUAAUAAAUAAAUAAAUAAAUAAGUAAUUGAAAAAGAAAAUAUGCCUGAUGAGAAACAAGAACAAAUAUCUUUUAUUUGAUAAAAGGAACAACAAAUAUCUUGUUCCCAAACAGUCCCUUAUUUGAUAUCUCGAACAAUUACAAGAAUCAAAUAGAGAAACGGAAAAAGGGUAAAUAGCCAAAAUGGGUUCGUUGAAUAACCUGAAUCAUCUUCCCAGAACUUCCAUGAUAAUAAUAGCAUAAAAAGCUUAUCAGUGUUUCCUCUGUUUUAUGCCCCGCACUUUUUUUUCCUAUUCAAUUUCUUUUGGGGGGUGUUUUUAUUUCAUUGCGCGUGUGGUUAUUGUAAUUUGGAUUUUUGAAGAUUAUUUUUGGAUCAUCUUUAAUUAUUUUUCAAUAAUAUUUAAAACUUGGGAUCAAAAUCUCGCUUCGGAGCAAUGAUUUUUGCUAGGGUUGGCCGCUCCUUAUCUCGAUCUUCCCGUUCCAGAAAUUUGUUGUAUGCUGGUUGGAGAUCGGCGGGGCUGAACGAGAGCCGAUCUUUUUCGAGAGUUUCAGGUGGUAAUGCGUAUCUAGGCAGUCGUAUAAAUGGAAAUUUAGGGUUUUUGAGGGAUUAUAUAGCUUCAAUAGGAGCUCACAAGGCACAUGCUUCCGAUUUCAGAUACAUUCUCGCUAACCCUAAUUUUCGUAGACUCUUUUCCAGCGAAGCCCCAAAGAAAAAGAAUUAUGAGAACUUCUACCCCAAGGAAAAGAAGGAAAUUCCAAAAGGGAACGAUCAGAAAUCCGAGUCCAAAGACGGCACAAACACAGAUGAUCAUGGGAAUUUUCAAGACACUUUUGUGAAACAGUUUCAAAGUUUACUUACUCCUUUGUUAGUGAUUGGGCUAUUCCUUUCAUCCUUUUCUUUUGGUCCCCGUGAACAGAAACAAAUUAGUUUCCAAGAAUUCAAAAACAAGCUUUUGGAACCAGGUUUAGUUGACCAUAUAGUUGUUUCUAAUAAAUCAGUUGCAAAAGUAUUUGUGAGGAACUCUCCACACAAUCAAACAAGUGAGGAUGGUGUUCAAGGACCUGUUAGUGGUAACACUGCUCGAGGGAAUCGAGGACAGUAUAAAUAUUAUUUUAAUAUUGGAAGUGUUGAAUCUUUCGAGGAGAAAUUGGAGGAAGCCCAGGAAGCAUUGGGGAUAGACCCUCAUGAUUAUAUUCCUGUGACAUAUGUAUCUGAAAUGGUUUGGUACCAAGAGUUGUUGAGGUUUGCGCCAACAUUGUUGCUUUUAGGAUCGCUCUUGUAUAUGGGGCGGAGGAUGCAAGGUGGACUAGGUGUUGGUGGUGGUGGAGGAAAGGGUGGCCGUGGAAUAUUCAACAUAGGAAAAGCCCAUGUUACCAGAGUAGAUAAAAAUGCAAAAAAUAAGGUCUUUUUCAAUGAUGUUGCUGGCUGUGAUGAGGCAAAGCAAGAAAUCAUGGAGUUUGUGCAUUUCCUCAAAAACCCUAAGAAAUAUGAGGAAUUGGGAGCAAAAAUUCCCAAAGGUGCAUUGUUGGUUGGCCCUCCAGGCACAGGAAAGACCCUUUUAGCAAAAGCAACUGCAGGGGAAUCUGGUGUGCCUUUCCUGUCAAUAUCUGGUUCGGAUUUCAUGGAGAUGUUUGUUGGUGUUGGACCAUCCAGGGUGAGGAACUUAUUUCAGGAGGCAAGGCAAUGUGCUCCUAGUAUAGUGUUUAUUGAUGAGAUUGAUGCAAUUGGUCGAGCAAGGGGACGAGGAGGGCUCUCAGGUGCCAAUGAUGAGCGUGAAAGUACUUUAAAUCAAUUGUUGGUUGAAAUGGAUGGAUUUGGAACAACCGCUGGAGUUGUUGUGCUUGCUGGCACCAAUAGGCCUGAUAUUUUGGACAAAGCUCUAUUGAGACCUGGUCGAUUUGAUCGUCAGAUUACCAUUGAUAAACCUGAUAUUAAAGGCCGUGAUCAAAUAUUUCAGAUAUACUUGAGAAAGAUCAAACUUGAUCAUGAGCCAUCAUAUUACUCUCAGAGGCUUGCAGCCCUCACUCCUGGAUUUGCUGGAGCAGACAUUGCAAAUGUUUGUAAUGAAGCUGCUCUUAUUGCUGCUAGGAAUGAGAGUGCACAGGUCACAAUGUUCCAUUUUGAGGCAGCUAUUGAUAGGAUUAUUGGUGGUUUAGAGAAGAAGAACAAGGUUAUAAGCAAGCUGGAGCGUCGGACUGUAGCCUAUCAUGAAUCAGGUCAUGCUGUUGCUGGGUGGUUCUUAGAACAUGCAGAGCCCCUGUUGAAAGUCACAAUUGUUCCUAGGGGCACAGCAGCACUAGGGUUUGCCCAGUAUGUUCCCAAUGAAAACCUUCUGAUGACAAAGGAGCAACUAUUUGAUAUGACAUGCAUGACCCUCGGUGGUCGGGCUUCUGAACAGGUUCUGUUGGGAAAGAUCUCCACAGGUGCGCAGAAUGACUUGGAGAAGGUUACUAAAAUGACCUAUGCCCAAGUGGCAGUCUAUGGAUUCAGUGAUAAGGUGGGUCUCCUCUCUUUCCCUCAAAGGGAAGACACUUUUGAGAUGUCGAAGCCCUAUAGUAGCAAGACUGCAGCAAUCAUCGACAAUGAAGUGCGUGAAUGGGUGACCAAGGCCUAUAAACGCACAGUUCAACUUAUAGAGGAACACAAAGAACAUGUGGCUAAAAUUGCAGAAUUGUUGCUUGAGAAGGAAGUUCUUCACCAAGAUGACCUGCUUCGAGUUUUGGGCGAAAGGCCAUUCAAACAGGCAGAAGUCACAAACUAUGAUAGGUUUAUGCAAGGUUUUAAAGAAGAAGAUGAGAAGGUUGAAGAGAUACCUUUGAGGGGGCCGGCUGAUGAGGAUGAUGGGUCCCCACAGUUAGAACCUCAGGUCAUCCCUACUUAAUUAAUGGGGACAUUUAAAUUGUACAUGAAAUUAACAGCUGAUUCUCAUUUUUUCACCCUUUUUUUUUUUUUUUUUUUUUGCUUUUAUUAGUUUCCAACUUUUCUUUUUUGUUAUUCCAUAUUCCUUGUAUGGUCAAAAUCCUGUACCUUUGCUAUUUACUUUUCAUAGUAACAUCUUUGCUUCGGAAAA